AUGGGACGUGGUAAAGACUUAACAGAAGGCGAGAAAAACAUUAUCAUAAAAGAAAUAGCUAAGGGUAAAACAACCAAGAGUAUUGCAGAAAGUAUAAAUCACCAUGUUGUGACAGUUAAAAUAUUUUUGCAAAAUCCUUCUGAGAGGGAACCUCGAUCUGAUCGCGGCGUGUUGAAAUCUGUAACAAAGCGAGAUAUGGACCGAUUGAGGAGGAGCAUCCGUGAAAUAUCUGGAGAAACAAAUGCAAGAAAAAAGGCUGGUCUACUAGAUGGUACGAAAACCACCCGCAAUCGUCUCCUCGGAAAAGUAGCUGUGAUCAAGAAUCCGGAUAAAAGACCUCCCCAGACAUCAAGGCACAAACGUUUGCGCAUGGAAUGGUCAAUGAAGUAUAUGAAAACUGAAUUGAUUAAGUUUGUCCUAUUGACCGACGAGUCAAGAGCUACAUUAGAUGGUCCUGAUGGCUGGGGUAAAGGAUGCAUGGGUGUUUAA